GCAAUCCUAUACUCCUGCAAGCAAGACAUUUCGGUCGUGAUGUCAUCACCAUUAGAUUCAUCAGAGUCAUCAUCACCGAUUGUUAAUUAUUUGGCGAUGGAUCCAUCAUCAUCUCCCACAUCAUUGGCCAAUAUUCCAACAAGUAUGAAUAAUUCUUCAUCUAGUAGUAAUAGUGGUACUGGUAGUAGUAAUAAUGGUGCAAACAAUAAUUCCGGAAAUAAUUUGCAAAUUGUUGCACUCUCAAAGGACAAGUAUGAAAAACUUGUAAAGGAAUUUCAAAAAUAUAAACAAAAGUAUUCUAAAUGGAAGAAAGUUGUAAAUACUGAAGAGCAAAAGUGGAAACAAAUUUCACUAGAAUUAGAAAAAAAGGAAAAUGAAUUAAAAACAAAAAUUGAAGAGAAUGACAUUUUACAAUUUAAUAAUCAACGAUUGGAGAAGAGAAUGGCUCAGUUAAUGUUUGAUUUAGAGGAACAGUUAAACAAGGUCAAGUCAACUCGUCAAUCUUCCUUUUUUUCUGGCUUAUUUGGAUCUUCAGAAACUCAACAACCAAAAAAAGAAACCGAAGUAGAAAUUAUCAAAGAGGAGCUAGAAUCUAAAAUUAAAGAGAAUGAAAGCAUUCACAUUCAUUUAUUUGAAUUAAAACAGGAACAUGAAAAAACCUUGGCCAAAUUCAAGCAUACGAUCAGUGAUUUACAACACUCAAUUUAUGGAAAGGAUUCUGCAAUUCACUCUUUGAAAACUAAUAUUGAAGAAAAUCAAAAGAAAUUCCAAAACGAAAAAGACCACUUGAAGGAUAAGAUGAGAAAUUUAAAGACAGACAUGAAGAGUUUAAAGGAUUCUGAAAGUUUCAUUAGAAACUAUACUUAUCAACAACAUGAAGAGAUAACAAAUCUUGAAACUUAUGUAAAUAGAAAGGUUUUAUUUGAUGAAACAAGACACCACGAAUUUAAUUUAUUGAAUGUUUCUAAUUUUAAACGUAACCCAGUUGAAAUUGAAUUAAUUGAAAAUUUAAUUGCAAUUUUAGGAAACCUUUCAAAAUGUACUAGUAGCACCUAUUUAUUUAUUCCACAAAAAAUUCAACAUUUGAACAAAUUAUCGAAUACACAGGCAAAUAUUAUCAAAUUAUUGAACACUAGGAUGAAUACUACAAUAGAUAUUUCCACAUUCCCUAAUUUAUUUGCCAAAUUAAUCAAAUAUUGUGAACUUUAUUUAAAGUAUUUGAAAAAUGAUGAGAUUACAGUCAGCUUUGACCUCACUAAAGAGGAAGAAGAAAAGGCACAAACAAUGGACAAGAAAAUCAUCUUUUGUAUUUUUAAGACCUGUAAAGAAAUUAUCAAUUACAAAUGUAAAUGUUUACUCUACUUGACAAUUUGCUCACAAUUGGAAGAUUGCCAACUCGAAAGUGAAGAAGAUUUUACUCAAUUUGAAGGUUUUAUUUAUAUGAGAAAUACCAAUGCUACUCUGGCACUUAAAUAUUUAAAUACUCUAUUUUCUCGAUUUGAAACGUUUAUUAAUACUUUUUAUUUGAGUAUUUUGGAUGUUGAAGAUUACCAAGUGUUAGAGACAUAUCUAAACAAUAGUCAAAUCAAGAGGGUGUUUAACAGUCUGAAUAUUAGUGCUGGCUCACCUCCAAAUGAUUCACUAAAUGCACAAGACUUCAUUUCCAAGAUUAAAAAUAGUAAGAGUAAUAAUUCCUCAAGUGGAAACUUCUCUAUUAGAGAAGAAUGUAAAUAUGUCCUGCAAAGCAUUAAGGACGGAUUUAAGGAUUAUUGUGACAUUUUGUCCAAUUUGUUAUUGAAGGAAAAUGUAAAGAAUUUUGUUCCUCCUUUUAUCAAAAAUAUCAACGACAAACUAAUCAAAUCACUUUCACAAAUGUUAGGAUUGUUGGAUAAUCUCCUACUUAUUCACAAUGGCUUACAAAAAUGUGAAAAGGAUUUCACAAAUAAUUAUUCUAGAGGUGCUCUUGUUGAUUAUGAAACUAUUCUAUCGUCAAAGGUCAAAUCUACAAAUAUUACAAAUACUCAAGUCAAUAAUUCAUUCACUGGAAACAACAAUACUAUCAACAAUACUGUCUUUAAUUUCUAUUACAAUAACCAAGAGAGUAUUAACCAUUUGAGAAAUGAAUCAUCCAACUAUAUGAAAAAUAAUCUACUCAAUCUAUCUAGUAGUGAUUUCACAAUGAGAGAUGCUGAAGUCAUGAAGGUCAAGAUGAAUGAUUUGUACUCUCUAAUUGAAAUAUUGAAAAAAGAAAAGGAGGAACAAUCAAUUAUUAUCAAUAACCUCAAGAAGCAAAAUGAAGAGUACAAAAACAACUUGAAGCUUGUCAAUGAUAGAAUGACAACAGAAUUGAAUCAAACCGUGAAUUUGGUUUCCAAAUUGAAUCUCAGUAUCAAUAACAGUGCUUCUGGUAAUGAUCCUGUUGAGAGUUAUAGAAAUUACACAAACCAAUCCAUCAAGGAAUUGAUACGAAAGGUUAAUGAGUUAAAUGAAAAACUUUCAAAACAAGUAGAAAGGUCAUCCACUGUUGAAAAAUCUAUUAUUCAAACCAAGGAUACUGAUGAAUCAUCUCCAAUUAGUAGUACCACUAGUGAACCAUCAACUCCAAACUCUACCUACACUAAAUCAUCAGCCAUUAGCAUUAGAAAGCCAACAAAUGAUAAAGAGAUUUUCUCACAUGCAGAAAUUAGUAGAGAGAAGGAAUUGGAAGCCAAGUAUACUAAGCAAAUUGAAUACUUGAUGAGACAAAUUGAAGUUUGUGACUUGAAGACUGUUCAAUAUAGAAUUCAAUACCAACAGGCAAUUAUGGAUUUAGAAAAAGCUCAGGACCAAGAAGAAAAACUGAAAUUGAAAAUCUCUCAAAUUCAACAACAAAUGGAUAGUGUAUCUGAAGAGUUACAAUCUUCUAAAGUUAUCUACGAACAUCAAAUUCAAUUACUUUCAGAUAAGCUUGUGGAAAUUUCAACCAAUUAUGAUAUUAAUUCAUCGAGACUGAAUGACAAUGCAACAAACAACUCUUCAACAGUAGUUGGUGGAAUUGGAGCAGCUGUUUCCUCCUUCUUUGGCUCUGCUGAACCAACUUCCAACACCAAUGAAAGAAGAAAGAAAAAUAAACAAUAAGUGAUUAAUA